UUUCAAGCUAAAGUUCAGACGUGGGAAUAGUGUGCUUUCUGUACUACUCCGUAUUAGUUUGGUCUGUUGGGUUUUUUUCCAUCUUUCACAAUUCAAUCAUUGCGGUUUACAAGUUUUUGAAGAAGAGGAAGAAGCAGAAGAAAUGGGUGUGGUUUCUCAAGAAUCAAUCAAUGAAUUUGGAGCAUUAAUGGAACAAUUGGAUGAACCACUCAAGAAGACUUUCCAGAAUAUUCAUCAAGGACAUCCACAAGAAACUCUAGUGCGCUUCCUAUCUGCAAGAGAAGGAAAUGUUUCUAAGGCUCACCAGAUGUUGAUGGGUAGCCUAAAGUGGAGGCUCCAAAAUGAGAUUGAUGAUAUUUUAGCGAAACCUAUCAUUCCUCCUGAUCUUUACCGAGAUGUACGUGAUUCACAUCUAGUUGGACUGUCUGGUUACACAAGUGAGGUACAUAUUCUGGGCCUUCCAGUGUUUGCUUUUGGUGUAGGCCUUAGCACAUUCGACAAAGCAUUGGAUAAUUACUAUGUGCAGUCUCACAUUCAGAUGAACGAGUAUAGGGACCGCGUAGUGCUGCCCUUAGCAUCAGAGAAGCAUGGGACCCAUAUUAGCAAAUGCAUCAAGGUUUUGGAUAUGACUGGCCUUAAACUUUCAGCUUUGAGCCAAAUAAAGUUAGGCACAAUUAUAUCUUCCAUUGAUGACCUGAAUUAUCCAGAGAGGACAAUUACAUACUACAUUGUUAAUGCUCCAUAUGUUUUUUCAGCUUGCUGGAAGGUUGUCAGACCUCUUCUCCAUGAGAGGACGAGGAAAAAAAUCCGUGUGUUAUCAGGUAGUGGACAAGAUGAACUUCUGAAGAUAAUGGAUUAUUCAUCUCUUCCCCACUUUUGUCGUAGAAAAGGUUCGGGGUCAUCUCGGUACUUCGAGGGACCUGAUGAUAAUUGCUUUUUGGCGGACCAUCAUUUUCACCAACAACAUUACAAUUACAUGAAGGAGCAGGGAUUGAGCCACGCACCUCUCGGCCCACUAAAACAAGGCUCUUUUCAUGUCGAUUUUCCAAAUACCGAAACUGAAGGAACCGAGUUUGUCAAGAAGAUGGCAUCCGAGUUACAAAAAUUUGGAAACAAAGAGAGAAUUUCAGAGUCAUUAGAAGACCUGAAAAUUGACAACUGCCAUUGAUUUUUGAGUGCAGUUAUGUCACUGUUCUAACCCCGCCUUUCAUAUAGGGAAGUAUGGCAUAUAGAUAUACUGUAUAAUAAGUUAAUAACUAAAUAAAAAUCAGAUUAAAUAUCUCAUCACUACCAUGCCAAGUUAAAUAUUUUCCUUCCAAUGUACACUACGGAAUAAAUAUCAAAUAUGUAAGCUAACGUACAAAUCUGAGCUUUAACUUGGUAUCAUAGGGUUUUUAGGUUUUACGUUGAUGUUCUAUGUCCAAGCUUGGUAGCUGUUGGAGAAUAAUGUAUUGACGACAAUGUCCCACCAUUAUAUUAAUAAUAAUGUACUCGUAGCUUAUAUGUUAGUGUGAAAAUCUAAUGUGCUUUUUGUGUUC